AUGACGCCACAUCUUCUCACCAUCUUCCUCCUACUUCUCUCAUCCGCCUCCGCCUCCGCCUCCGGCCGCUCCAUCGGCGUAAACUAUGGCACCCUCGGAGGCAACCUCCCCUCGCCGGGCCAGGUGGCAUCCUUCAUCAAGAACCGCACCAUCAUCGACAGCGUCAAGAUCUUCGACGCCAACCCGGACAUCCUCCGCGCCUUCGCCGGCACCGGAAUCUCCGUCGUCGUCGCCAUCCCAAACAGCGAGAUCCCUAGCCUAGCCGCUUCCCGCGCCGCGGCCGACGCUUGGGUAGCUUCCAGCAUCGCCCCCUUCGUCCCCGCCACCCGCAUCACUCUCGUCCUCAUCGGCAACGAGGUCCUCCACUCCCUCGACUACACUCUGAUCCCCCACCUCGUCCCCGCGAUGGUCUCCAUCGCGGGAGCGCUGGUCGCGGCGGGCUUCCAGGGGAUCAAGGUCUCGACGGCGCACUCGCUGGGGAUCCUCGAGGCCUCGGAUCCGCCGUCGACAGGCCAGUUCCGGCCCGGGUGGGACCGCGUGAUCCUGGCGCCCAUGCUGGCGUUCCACCGCCACGCCAGGUCUCCCUUCGUGGUCAACUCGUACCCCUACUUCGGCUACGACGCCAACAAACUCGACUACGCGCUGUUCAAACUCCGGCCGGGGUCGCACGAUCCCGGCACGGGACUGGCCUACACCAACAUGUUCGACGCCAUGCUGGACGCGGUGCACACGGCGAUGAACAAGCUCGGCUACGGCGACGUGGACAUCGUGGUGGGGGAGACCGGGUGGCCCUCGGCGGCGGACAACAACCAGUACGGGGUGAGUCCGGAGUACGCGGCGGCGUACAACCACCGCCUGGUGCGGCACGUCAAUUCAGGGAUGGGCACGCCGCAGAUGCCCAACCGGACCAUCGAGACGUACAUCUUCGCGCUGUUCAACGAGGACCAGAAGCCCGGGCCGCUGGCGGAGCGCAACUGGGGGCUUUUCCGGCCGGACUUCACGCCGGUGUACAACUCCGGCGUGAUGAGGAGGGGAAGGAGGGGAAAGGAUGCGGGCGCGGGAAGCGGUGACAAUAACGCGCCUUCUGCUGGCGGGGGGAAGUGGUGCGUGGCGAAGAACGAGGCGACGGACGAGGCGCUGCGGGCGAACAUAAACUGGACGUGCGGGACCGGGAAGGUGGACUGCGCCGCCAUACAGCAGGGCGGCGCGUGCUUCGAUCCCGACACGGUGAGGUCCCACGCGACGUACGUCAUGAACGCGUACUACCAUGCGGCCGGGACGCAGGACUACAACUGCGACUUCGCCGGAACCGCCGUCUUUACGACAACCGAUCCCAGCCAUGGAUCAUGCAAAUAUGAAUAA